AUGCCCAAAAUUUCCCGAAAAUUUAACAGAAACAGAAGUGUAAGAUGUGAGGCAAAUACAUUUGAUGGCGAGCGUUGUUUAUAUGGGGCUCUAACUGACAAAAUAAAGAGGCUUCUCUUGUCAUAUAACAUGGUGUCAUCUAAAGUAAUAAGAAGAGAUUUAUAUGAGGAAUUUCUGAGAAGGUAUGGUCAUUUUGGAGAAAUAAAAAAAGUUUAAAUGUUUCAUUUUGAAGGGGGAUUUCCGUUUCAUAGAUGUGUGCUCAGCUGUAGAAGCUCAUACUUUGCUGACUUGUUUCGGACACGCUGGCUUGGCAGGAAGGUGAUUAAACUAAAGCACCCAGGUAUUCUGCCAGGUGCUUUUAAACAGAUUGUCCAGUACUUGUAUUCAGGUCAAAUGGAGAUUCCUUUUUAUGAAAUAGAAGCAUGUAUCACACUAGCAAAACAAUGUAAAAUGUUGAAAUUGAUUGACCUUAUUGAGGACAAAUGUAAGAAGAAUGCCUCUUUUGAAUCAACGAAGCCAGGUGUGCAUAUAACAACUGUAUUAGUGGAGGAGCCCGACAAGUGGAAGCUUCAGUUAGAUUUUGGUACGCUUGCUGACAUCGCCCUUCCUUCAGAACUUUGCUCAAUUGCCACAGGUGAAUUACCUUUUGAGCCGGAGUUUGCCUCAGUCUAUGCAGAUCUACAGCUUGUUGUUGAAGGACAUAAAUUUUACUGCCAUAAGGUAUUUUUCUGUGGUAGAAGUGAUUAUUUUAGGGCAUUAGUUAACGAUCAUUUUGGUGAGGGUUGGACAUCCGAAGAUCAGUUACCUGUUCUAGAAUUACACAACAUAAGUGUAGAAAUAUUUGUUAAAGUCAUGUACUAUCUCUACCAGGAUUAUUGUGAGCUAUCAGAGGAAAACGUGUAUGAUGUAUUAUGUGCGGCAGACAUGUUUCUACUUCCUGGUUUAAAACGUUUCUGCGCCAAUGCCAUGGCAAAGUUUCUCACAGUAAAUGAUGUAGUGACAGUACUCCGGACGGCACGAAUGUUCAAUCUUCCACGACUUGAAGACCAGUGUGCAGAGUUUAUUGCAAAAAAUCUCGAACCUGUUCUACAGCAGGACGAGUUUGCGGAAGUUGUUAAACAAGAUGCGUCCGAUGUGCAGGACCGUGAGGAGACAGAUUCUAUUGAUAUCAUUGAUAGUAUAAGGUUUCAUCUCACCAGUUUCAUACAAACAUACAGUGACAUGCAAGAGGCCGAGGAGUCCAUGAAAAUUAUAGACGAUUUCCUUGAAAGGAUCGGUUUGGAAUGUUAGACUUUGUUAUGUAGGAAAUGGUUCGAAUUUUGUGUGUUAAGAAUGUAUUGUAUAAAACAUAAUUGAAUUUUGAACGAGGGGGUUUUCUUUUUUCUGAACAACGGAAUAAUGCUUGUUUUUGUUUGUAUUUUAUCAACUCAUUUUGUUUUGGAAAAUGAUUUUUUAUUCCUACAAAUUGAGGGAUAUUUGGUUUGGGAAAUUAUUUAGAGUUUUAGUUAUUAUCAUAUUGGUAUUUAUAUAUUUUGAAAUAUAUACAAACAAAUAUAUUCACAAUAUAAUACUACCAGGGAUGACAAUGAGUAACAGGUUAACUGAGUACUCAAACAGGUUAACUGAGUACUUUAAAACAGGUUAACUGAGUACUCAAACAGGUUAACUGAGUACUUUAAAACA